AUGAAUCAACAACAAGCAAAUCCAUCAUCGAUUCAACAACCUGUGACUGGAGCAGCAGCUCAACAACCUGAAAUAUUACCACAACAAUCUGCAAGUGUCAAUCCUUUUCAACAACCUCCCCAACAAUCUGCUAGUAUUACACCCGCUCAACAACCUGCAAAUGCGCCUUCAGCCCCACCACCCGAUGAUCCAUUGCCUGAUAGCAAUCGUCCCCAGGAAACCACCAUUUUGCCUGGGGAAGAAAAACGCGAGUCACCAGAAGGACAAGAAAAACAACAAGAAAAUGGAGUGGAGACUGAAGAAGAUGAACAACAGACUCCGAAGAUCAACUGUCCUGAAAAAAUUGUAGGUUUUUAAACAAUUUUUAUAGAGAGCUUAUCUAAGAUUGACAUUUACGGCAGCAAUUUGUGCAUUAAUAUUGAAUCAUGAAUUAGCUACUUAGCUGUCGAAAACGUGUAGAACUUACCCUCAAAUACGAUUUGAAGUUGGCCGUUUGCGGUUAGCGGUUUGCCUGUAUACGUCAAUCCUAAGGUGUCUGAUAUAUAUUUUAGCAGUUUACCAUUUAUCCAGUCAAGUACAUAUGGUAUACAGUAGUCUAAGUGUGAUGUUUUAGUGUAAUGUUUUGGUAUAUGUAAUACUAUGGUUUUGACAUUGGGUUUUGAGUGCAAUUUGGGAAACAAAUAUGCAUGAGUGGGAAAUUAGUGGACUGGGUGACUGGGAUUUAGUCAACAUUUUUUUUGAACUGGGAAAAUUCUCAGUUGCCGAUGUUGAUUAGCUUUAUAAAUUCUUUUAAUUUUUAAUUAAUCUAUAUCCGUAAAAUCAUACGGAAGGUUUUUUAAAUAUUUUUUUCGCGAGGAACCGUUCCGUAUAAUCCUGUAGAAUUAGAUAUUAAAAUAAUUUAAGAAUAAUUAAGAUCACAACACGCCAAACUUGCCAAAUUUUGAGUUGUGUUCGCCCAUGGUUAAUUUGUGGUUUAUUUAUUUCUUGCUUUGUAGGUUUUGUGUUUUGAUCUAUCUUCAGAGUUGAAUGAAAUCAUAUUACGACAGAAUCAAAAAGAGAGGUACAGAUAUCUUAGGCACUUAGCUAGGAUCAGUAAUGUUGGGCAUAUAUUAAAUAAAAAAUUACUGAAUAAGCUUGAGUCCUGACUGCAGCAAUUAAGGAGCCACAGAGCGUCGGUACUCUCAGGGGGUAUAGCUCUGCAUUAAACUAAUGUUAAUUUAACAUUCAACUACAGUAAACUGGGGCGGAUCUAGCCUCCAUGCAUGGCUGCGGUGGUGCACGAGGGAGCAUUACUGCCCACUCUCCUCUGCAGUCUGCAACGCUACUAUCCCAACAAUGGUCAACAUUACCAUUAUUCGAGAUGGCCGAAUCUGCAUGUUCGCCGUUGUGUUACGUUUUACAUUAUCUUUUGUUUAUAAAAUGUUUUUUAUAUAUUGGGUUUUUAUCACGUACAGUAUGCGUGACUGGACAGUUGCUGUAGCACAGCUUGUUAAAGUACAGUAUAUUUGAAAAUAAAGCUGUAUAACAACCUGGACAUGUUUACAUAUUUAACCAUGAUAUUUAACUAAACCAUUCUUGUGAGCUCACAAAUCAAUUGAAUCACUUACCCGUGUGGAUGGUUAGAUGUACGAAUGGGAGGUCUGCAGUUACUUGAAUUCAGGUGAAAGGGCAUGUAGGCGAUUGCGAAUUUGCACCGAGCUAUAUUCAGCAAUAUUUGAUGCAUCUUUCAAGGAUGGGAUGGUAGGAUUUGCCGAUUUGCAACUCAUAUAUCCGCCUGGCAACUUUCCCACAAUGAGUUGGCGUAUGCUAUGCUCCACGUAUUUGUGACAUGGAGCUCACCACAGACGCGAAAUAAGGAAAUAGUUGUUAAUCUUGGUACCACAACCUCGACUUUUAUCAACUGAGUUUCAAUGUUGUACACUUAAAGUUUUUUAUUUCUAGAAGUGUGUUUGAACAGUUGAAGAAAUCAACGGAGAUCUUUGUAAAACACAAGCUUAGAUUCAAUAAGAAACAUCAAAUCGCAAUACUUACCUUUGAAAAGGAAGCUUUGUGGGUAAGUCACACCUUCUUCGUCUAAGACCAGCAGAUGACUUAAGAAAUUGAAGCUAGUCAGUUUAGCUUUUUAUGGCAGCUCUUACUCUCGCAACUUAAUGCUUAAUACAGUACGUAUUUAAUUUAUUUAUUUGUAUUGUACUUUUUACUUUUAUUAACAUGCUGUGUACAUUAACUUGGCAUAGUUCCCAAUAAUGUUUUCGUUGUAUUCGAUGUUUCUGUGCAAACAAUCAGUAAUUUGUAUGGAAGAUAUAAAGUUUUACUGCCAGUCCGUCUGCUGGCCUUGAGGGUUAAAUUACAACACAGAGGGUUAUCGAUUUAUAGUAUGCAACACAUAACAAGACAGACGUCACAGACGGUGUCAGAUUUGAGAUAACGGUCCGGUUGAUCCCUUCAACGAUCAGUUCUCAAUUAGUGAGACGCCCAAGAUCCUGAUAUUUACCCAAACCUUACAUGGCAUCACCGCAGUAUUUUACAUGAACUUGUGGUUAGAGCUCGACAACUGGACUCUGUGGCUCAGAGUGCUGCACAGGGAUGCCGGAAGUUGCUGGGGGCAAGGGGUGCAAUUGCACCCGCUGCACCCGUGGUUCCGGCAUCCCUGGUGCUGCAUCGAAAUCGUAGGGCCGCAGGUUCGAUUCCUGCCUGAGUUCUCGCAACUGCUCUAAUAAAUGUAUAAUAAAUUAAGUCUAAUAAAUGUAUAAAAUUCUCACUCGCAAUUUCCAUCUACAAAUCCCUUCGACAAUUAAGAAAAGAGAGCCGCAAAAUAGCAGGAACAAGUCCAACUUUUUCGCUUCCUUCUUUUGUUUUUCGAUUUGCUUUCGCUUGAACGAAUUUGCUGCGUGGAUAACCGAUUUACGAGUCACAGAACUAUUUGUUUUUAGGUUCAAGAUUUCAGCAGUGACGUGAAUUUAAUCAACGACACCCUAGAUAACAUCCGUACAAGUCCAACAGAUCCUCUUCCACAAUUUGGUAUCCUUUUUUACCCUACAUGCAGGAAGUAAGUAAUCGAUUUUUAACGCCAUGUUUCCACUACAAGUAUUAUGAUCAGGUUUUUGCUUUACUGAUUAACGGUUAGAGAUUCACGUCUCGCUGUUUCUGAAUGCCGAUCAUAAUACUUACCCGCUAACCCUAAUUUAUAAUCAAUCAAUAUCCAGACUGACUAGUUCAGUGCGGAUUAUAACGGUCGGCAAUCUUUUCAAUGUAAAUAUUGAAACGUUGGACAACCAUUGUUAUCCAAUGUCCGAGCAACUGCACACUUGAGUGGAUAUUUGUCAGACCCAAGUCAAAUUGUUAUAAUCCACACUGGUCUAGUUUAAUCAGCCAAUCAGUGCAAGCCCAAUUAGGGCAGAGCAAGGCCUAGAUUUGCAGCGGUGUAAACACAGCUUAAUAAGAUCUUACAGGUUUGCUAGAGUAUGAAAGCAUACUGUAUAUCACACAGCCUGUAUGUGAAAAGAAAAAGAAUCGACAGCAGUGUUUUUGAAGAGAACUCAAUAUACCUAACGGUGUCAUAAACAGUUCGUAUUUCUAAUAUUGUAUCGAAAGAAGACAAGAGAGUCGGACCAUAUAUGUUGAUUUGAAACAAAGUUGACUGCACAUUUUAUCUCGAAAUGAAUAAUAUAUGAAAACUACUGAAUUCAAUAUCAAGAUGUUCCAUGUAUAUCAUCUACCAAAUACUGUACUUUCUUUAACAAUGUAUUUAUAGAUAUGAUGUCAUUAUUAGAAACCAUGUAAGUAUAACAAACACUUGCUUGUUCUCUGCAGUCUUUCAUAUUUACCUAUAUGUAUGACCAUGCCCCUACACAAAUAAACUCCCCAAAAUCAGGCGCGUUAAUUGUUGGAUUUAUUCAGACACGAGGAUGUUUUAUACACGCCUAGACUUAGAGCCUUCUAUUUAUAUUUCUGCGCUUUUUCACGUGAGAAGACUGGAACCUAGGCAAUUUAAUGGCGGGGUGAAAGAAGGGUGAAAACGACUGCAUGCCCAGCAAAUGCCCCAGGUCUAAGGUCAAAAUUCCCUCCAAAGUCGAGGUCGAGUCUUUCCGAUCUUUGUUUUCGACAAUUUUCGUAAUUUUUUAAGGAUGCAAAACGAGCACUACCUACUUACUUUCUGAAUAAUUGAAAACAAAAAUAGCUCAAAUAAAUAAAUAUCCGCAUAUUUGUAAUUUAAAGCAAAAUGCCGCUGGAAUAUCACGGGCUCCGUCAAGUAACCCCUACAGAUAUCUGUUUCCGCAGAAAAAAUAGCGCUACAAAUAUCUAGAGGCGUUUAGCCAAUGGGAAAACGAGAACAGAGUACCAGGAAUAAUGAUCCUGUGUUGUAAACGAUUAAUUUGCCAUCGUCAAGACUAACACGUUGGGUUUAAUGUCACGUGAAUAUGCCAGGAGUUUGCAGUUGUAAUUUUUUCAACAUGUUUUGUAUAUUUAAAAAAGUUUAUUUUUUAGAGAGAACCACGUUGAAUUACCUAAAUCGUCGAACAUUGUAGAUAUUCCACCUGAAUAUGUUGUCAGGGUGAUCUUGAUUUAUGGAAGAUCUCACAGUGAAAUACCAAGUCUUUCUUCUGAAGCAAAACGGGUUUGAAUGCUAUUCCAUAUUUCUUUAAACCCCGUGUUGAGGACCUUUGCUUCUCACGAAUGAAAUAAUCUGUGUUGUAUAAUCACCCCUAUGGAUACUUUAAACCUCCUAGAUUUUCACACCUGGAAACAUCAAAUUUACCCCCAUUUUCUACCAUUACCCCCUCUGUAAAGGCCCUCAGGGAGGGUGCAAUUAUUAAAAUGAAUGUAAUACCCACGAACCACUUCAAGGUUAUCCAUAAUUAUCAACAUUUUCACAAGCGAAAAGAGAGAACUCUUUUCUUCAACCGCCUCCACCCCUCCGACAUUUUAAGAAACAUAUAUUGGUCAUUAACCACUUUCGCCGCAACGAACUGUUGUGAAAAUGUUGGUAAUUAUGAACCCUUGGUAUAAAAUCACAACAGGAGACGUUUUCAAAUAUAUUUUCCAGUUUCAUGUGAUGUCAUGUUAGGACACUGAACUCUUUAAUAUUACGUAUGUCAUAUGUCAUACAUACAUAGCAGAUAAUGAAAUUACGGGAACCACUGAGUAUUUUAAUAAAAUAUAAAACAACGGUAACUCAGAAAAUAAACAUUUUAAUAUUCAUAGAUAAUGAAAUUGUAUAUUUAUUUGAGCUUCAGGAGAUAUGGUUUUAUAGUGUCCCAGAAAUAGUGUCGACAUAUGUAAUUGAAUUUUAAAUGAAAAAGUCGUGUCUUUAGUCGACAUCAUUUUACCUUUGGCGUAAUAAAUUACGCUUAUUAUAUUCUUUAUAUAAAUUUGCUUAUUAUAUUCUUUAGAUUUUCGACCAGUACGUGUCAUGUCGGCUCUUCUUUUUUGAUGUUCUCUAUAUUCAUGAAGUGCCUAGUGAAGACAACAAAUGUCAGGUAAUCAGAAUGAUUGGUUUUAGUAAUCCCUCGAGGGGCUUAUGUAUUUCAGCCAUGCUUGAGAGGGGAUGGUUAUUAUUAUUAUUAUUAUUAUUAUUAUUAUUAUUAUUAUUAUUAUUAUUAUUAUUAUUAUUAUUAUUAUUAUUAUUAUUAUUAUUAUUAUUAUUAUUAUCAUCUUUAUUAGGGUCAAUUAAACGCACAGUUCAGCCUUUUGAAUGAUGGUUUUUAAGGGGCGUUUCAGCCCUUUUAAUUGAAAAAACUAACUAGGAAAAUCAAUAAACUUAAUGUUUUUAACAUUUUAAAACAUUUUUAUUGUUAAAAACAUUGAGUUUACUGAUCUUGAAUAAUGCAUAAUUGAUUUUCCUAGUUAGUUUUUUCAAUUAAAAGGGCUUUAAUGCGCCUUAAAAACCAUCACUCAAAAGGCUGAACUGUGCCUUUAAACAUAUUUUACAAAGAAAACAUAUAAAAUAUUCAAUCAAACUAUUAAUAGAAUAUAGAUGGGCAAGGUAUAAACGGGACUCGAAGAACCAUGCAAGAUACCUUCCCAAACUUUACUAAAACUAUUUUAUAUAACAUUACACACACAACUCUACAGUCUACACACACCUAGUGCACUACAGUUUACGUCCUAUGACACGAACAGUCACGAAAUAAGGACCACGUACAUGACAAGUCAACAUCUUAAAUAGAAUAAAAAAUACUAGAGUAUUUACGUUUAACAAAACAUUUAAAAGAACUAGGACUAGACACAGUGCACAAACAUACAUCUUUACAUACAUUGUUCCACAGUUUGACGAUUAUAGUACGAAUAUUGAAAAGUGCUUGUUCUACAAAUUUGACUUUGUAGAAUGUAUUUGGGGAGUUACUCAGCCGAGUUCGACCGUGACUGACAAACGAGACAUAUAGUUACUGACAUCACAUAACCAAACAAAACCUUGUACAGAAACACCAAGUCCUUAACCUCCCUUGUCGAAGGUUAACGGCAGAAGGUCCAACGCCAACAGACGUUCUUUGUAGCUCAGCUCUCCUGUUCUGCUCAUCAUCAUGAUCAUCAUUAUUGGGAGAGGGCAAGCUUAAUAGGAAAAGGGUUUAAUGUUUUAGUUGAAAUGCAGUAAAAGAUAAAGUAGUGAACUAGAGGGUGCUCAGAGACUGCACACCUCCGCCAGUAAAUUACACGUGUUAUGCACAAGUUAUACAACUGGCUAAUUACGCAUUCAGUUUACUGCCAGGGAAAAGAAAGAUUUUCAUCUAAUUUUCGUCCAAAUUGAGGCGUUUUGUUCUUGGAUAUUUUUACACAUGCAAACACACACACACGUAUACAAACCCAGGUGAAAAUAUAACUUCCUGGCGUAGGUAAUUAAUAUAGACUGAAAAACUACACAUCAAUACCAAUGUGUGUUUCUUGGUUGUGAAAGGGCUCAAUAGAGAGACGGGGUUUAAUGAAAAUUUUUCUGAAGUGAGAAGAAUUUAAGAAAGGGCUUAAUUGAGUGUGAAAUGUAUUCCACUGACGUAAAGUUUUUAAUGAUCAUAUUUACAGGGGGUAUUAAAGAUUUUACCAACACGAAAGACGCCUUAUUCCCGUAUACCAGACCUCUCUCUCUGUCUUUGAAAUUAGUUUGCCGUCUCCCAGGCAAUCUAUCACGAAUCAAAGUAAAGUUUGAAUUAAUGUGUGACUUUCUAGGAAAUCUAUGAUGCGUUGUGUAAACUGGACGAGACAGAAGAAUGUUUUGUAUUGGAAGUGAGUACAUAUGUUGCUACGAGGUUGUAUGAAAGUACAGCCAAGUUACUGGCGCAUCCCUUGCAGAGACCGAAACAACAAGAUAUCGAAUAUCGAAUUAUUAUAAAUGAUAGCAGUGACGAUGAAACUGAACCAGAACAAAGAAAUUGA